CGGGCGCCGCACGGUCCCCCCUCGUCCCCGUCCCUCCCUGGCUCCCGCAGGCCCCGGAGCUGCCCGCUCCCCGCAUGGCCUCCGUCCGGGAGGACCCGAUUCUGGAACGUUAUUUUAAAGGCCACAAAGCUGCGAUCACUUCCGUGGACUUCAGCCCCAACAGCAAACAACUUGCCACUGCCUCUUGGGACACCUUUCUUAUGCUGUGGAGUUUGAAGCCAAACACUAGAGCUUACAGAUAUGUGGGCCACAAGGACGUUGUGACCAGCGUGCAGUUUUCUCCACAAGGAAACUUAUUAGCCUCUGCUUCACGAGACAGAACUGUUAGGCUCUGGGUUCCUGAUAGGAGAGGGAAGUCCUCUGAAUUUAAGGGACACACAGCUCCAGUUCGCAGUGUGGACUUCUCGGCUGAUGGCCAGCUUCUGGUUACAGCUUCUGAAGACAAAUCGAUUAAAGUAUGGAACAUGUUCCGCCAGCGCUUCCUCUACUCCCUGUACCGGCACACACACUGGGUCCGCAGCGCCAAAUUCUCACCCGACGGGAGGUUAAUCGUGUCAUGUAGUGAGGAUAAAACGAUUAAAAUUUGGGAUACCGCCAGCAAGCAGUGUGUCAAUAACUUCUCGGAUUCUGUAGGGUUUGCAAAUUUUGUGGACUUUAACCCUAACGGUACAUGCAUAGCUUCAGCGGGUUCUGAUCAUACGGUGAAAAUCUGGGAUAUACGAGUGAACAAAUUACUCCAGCACUACCAAGUUCACAGCUGUGGUGUAAACUGUCUAUCAUUCCAUCCUUCGGGGAACAGCCUGGUCACGGCCUCUUCUGAUGGGACACUCAAGAUUCUGGAUCUCCUAGAGGGAAGGCUCAUAUACACACUUCAAGGACAUACGGGUCCUGUCUUUACUGUCGCAUUUUCACGGGAUGGAGAGCUGUUUACGUCAGGAGGUGCGGAUGCCCAGGUCUUGCUAUGGAGGGCCAACUUCAGUCAGUUGCACUGCAAAGAUCCUAAUAAAAGAAACCUCAAAAGAUUGCACUUCGAGUCCUCCCCACACCUUCUUGACAUCUACCCACGAUCCCCGCAUCUCCAUGAAGAGAAGAAGGAGAUUAUUGAAAUUAAUCCAAAACUUGAGGUGAUGGAUUUGCAGAGUUCCUCUCCCCCUGUCGUGGAUGUCCUUUCUCUCGAUUCUACCACAACAACAGAUUCUGCUAGCCGAGCUGUACCAGAGAAGGGUGAAGACAUUUGUGGGUAUUUCCUGAACCCUUCCUUAAUACCAGAACGCUCAUCAACCACUGUGAAAAAGAAAGCAGAAGACUUAAGUGACCUCCCCUUGGAGAGCCAAAGAAGCGUGCCGCUCGCUGUGACUGACGCUCUAGAACACAUCAUGGAACAGCUCAACGUCUUGACACAGACUGUUUCAAUUCUGGAGCAGCGACUGACUUUGACAGAAGAUAAGCUGACAGGCUGCCUUGAGAAUCAGCAAAAGCUUUUCAAUGUCAUCCAGCAGAGAACUUGACUGAGAAAGUGUGUGAACACAAGCCAAUAAAGGAAGACCUGUUCAAAUGCUCAGGCAGGUGUAGCCGAGGCAAUCCCCCCCUGCACUCAUUACCACAGCUUCUUCAGAGGGUGAGCAACAGAACAACAGGUUGAAGUCAUUUUUUAAGAACUAACUUAAACACAUAAAUCAGUGUCAAGGAUCAAUUUAAGCUCCUCCCAGUUAUAAUUGCUGUAAUGAAAUUAUAAGCAUUUAAAUCCCCUCCCCCAUAUUAUUUGAAAUGUCAGUUUUUAUCCAAAGUGCGAAUCCCCACCGGGAAAGUAACCAGACCUCUAGAUUUCAUUGUUAAAUCAUUUCGAUUGACCAUGUUCAGGCAGUCCCUGAAGGUAAUUCAUGUAUUUCUUAGAUGAACACACCCUUGAUGCGAAAUAAUUUACUUCAUUCCAGGUAGCAUCUCAGAAAAUACGUUAUUGAGCCAGCUCAUGUUUCAUUCAGGUCAGAAAAACUACCCCCUUAUUAUUAAUGCCCUGGAAAGAGGCUCCCGGAGAAUUUUCCACAGCGAGAAUAGGCUUGAUUAGCAACAGCAGCAGAACGAGAGUUCUCCUUGUUUGCCGGCAGCGAGAACCCACGCGGCCUGAGUUACAACUGCGGCCUGAGCAAACACACUGCGUCGUUCUGAGCUCUGUUGUUGAGAGUUCGCAGAGAUUAUGUUUGUAUGAUUUCAGUGUGCCCAAAAGCCAGAACGAUGAAAAUAUAUACUCAUGUAGAUACAAAUGAAUCACGUGUGUUAUCGCUUAGGGCGAUGCCAGCGGUUGAAUCGGCAUAUUUUUAUUUAGAAAAAAAAAUCUGCAUAUUCUGUUUUGUUUUAAUGAAUUGUGAUUUGAAAUGAAAGGGAGGCAGGCAGUCCAAACAACCUUGUUCACAAGUGAAGCAUAUUUAUCUUCAAAUGGAAAUCAAAGUCGAAAAGAGGCGAAUCCAAGGCAGCCAGCUUUGGGCCUGGAGAACAAAGGCCAGACGCCUCUGAGGGGGCCAAAGGCUAUCUAGGGCCUGCAAAUGAAGAGAAAAUGAAGGCCUGGCAGGGUGGGAGCUGAGAAUUCUCUCCACUAUGUACUCAUGAGCUGGGCUUAUCUUCUGUCUCGCUGCGUGUUGUAAAUGCCUUUUCUGUCCUGUGAGUGUGACUGUCUAGACAUUUUUACAAGCUCACAAAACUAAGAGGCCUGGACUUUUACACCUUCAUUGAGAAGACUACAUAAAGAAUGGAAUGUGACACCAACUUUUGUUUACUCUUUUUUAUGCUUCAAACAAUAAAGACAGUUCU